AUGCAAGGGGCUUCAUGUGUUCCUGAGAUAUUCCCGGGUGGCGGCUGGCCGGGAAGGACGUCCGCUCUCCCUGUAAGUCGCGUGGGCGGUGUCCCUGGAGGGUAUAGCCGCCUCCCUGGCCCCCCUCAGGAGGGCUCGAGCAUGUACAGUAUCCUGGGCACAAACUCCGGAGGGCCAAACGCCCCCCACCCCGUCAGGGCUAGGUCCGUUACGUGGACAAAGCGGAGCACGGGCAACUCCGUGUGUCCCUUAUGUCUGAAGGACUUCAUGUACCCGUCGGCCAUGGUGCUGCACAUGAGGACCCACACGGGGGAGAAACCCUUCACGUGCCCGUACCCGCAGUGUGACUACAGGUCCACCAGGAAAGGCAACCUGAAACGACACGCCAGCACCCACGGCGAGGUCUUCGCUGCCAGCAUCGAGUUUUAG